GUAGCACUGUUACAAUACACAUUUAAAUUUUCGAAAGAAUGUGAAUAAUCUGUUGUCAUGUUGAGGUUUUUAAGAACCGCAUGCAACAUAACAAACUAAAACCGGUGUUAUCAUUAUUUACGAAAAACUAGAAAAUACAACCGUGACAACACGAUGUAACAUCGUUUUAAUUGAGUGAUAUGAACUUACCCUCCUACAAGGAAAUUACACGAAUAUAUAAUUAUGUCAAGCACUGUGACAGGCAAUCAAGAUACAAAUUUGUCAUGGACAUUCUUUAGAAAUUUAAACACUAUCCGUGCCACGACUUAACCCUGAACCAUAUCUUUCAUUAGCAGUUAGUUACUGAUUGUUUUGCCAAAUUCGAAAACUCGCAAACACGAGGUCCAGGUCAUAGAGGUGCAAAGAGCUGCCAAGCUCAUGUUAACAGUUAUUUCAAAUCUCCAUAUCAAUGGUAAACUGACUAAAAUAGCAACCAAAUAGAGUCCAACAUGUAAAAUUAACCACCCACUCAAUUCUUUAAGUAUAGUUUCAUGUAAAAGAAUUAAGUGAAUGGAUUUACACUAGGAAUAAUACCUGAGAUGUAUAGCGAACUAAAGUGCCAUUGAGAUGGGAAUAAAAUCACUUCAAAUUACUGACUUUUAAAAUUGGCCCACUUAAUUCCGCUGUCCGUGCAUGCCUCCAGUGUACCAGUAUUCAAAGCUUCUGGGUCAUUUGUUUCCACCAUGUCAGGUUUUAAAAUCUUUCAAAACACUUCACCAGGCCAGAAAACGUGUUUUCCAAGGUGAUGAGGUUGCCCUUAAUGCUGCCCGCACAAAAAUCAAUGAGGAGUACCGAAAAAACAAACACGUGACAGAUGUGUCAGCUGUGCAAGAGUUAGUCAAACUUGCACAUGACGUGGCCAAGGAGCUGAGAGCAUCAGUCGUUCAAGCCCGCAAAAUCAAGGACGACAUGUUUGAACUAAGAAUUACUGAAGAAACUUAUAAGUUGGACAACAUACCUGGGAUGCCUUUUCAGAGAUGUAAAUCUUAGUACUGCAGACAGAGUGGUUACUGAUAUUAGUGACUGCAAUGUACCUGAGUUGUUUUAAAAUGUAAUUGUGUUUUGAAAUAUUGACACUGUAUAUGAGUUGUCUUUGUGGUACCAGAACAGCAGUAAUUACAGGUUUGUGACAGUUUUGUGGUGACUAAUUAAUGUUGAAGCUGGUAUCGCUUGUAUUGGACAGAUUGACUCUGACUGAUGUAUCAUUUACAUAGAUGUAAAUAAAGUGCUUUCAUGUUACCAUAGAA